GCAGGCAACAACUUUCAUUCCAGCUCCCUCCUUUUCCCAGUGACUUCCUGGACCAGCCAGGCUGAUUUCCACCUUCAUUCUGGACCUGACUAUGCCUCUUGGACUUGCUCUAUAUCCUGGCUUCUUGUUCUGGGCUUGACUGCACUUCUUGGACUCAUCUUGUAUGCUGAUUCCUUGUGCUAUGACCUUUGAACUGAACCUUACCAUGCCUCUUGGAACUCACCCUGCAUUGAUUCCUGCUGUGAGGUUUUGGUAUCAGCUGUCUCAGGAUUCCCAGUUGACCGUUUUCAUUAGAACUCCUGGAAAUUUGAAAACUUUACUCGACUCAGAUUUUUUCAAGAGCAAGAUGCAGUGGACAAAGGCGACUGUACUUAUAAAAAAUAUCACUGGAGAAAUAGCAGGACCUUUUCAGAUAAUUCUGCAGGCCAGGCUUGGGUCUGCAAAAGCUGUCGUUGCUAUAGAUGACAUAAGCAUAACAAAGGCAUGUGAAGCUACUAAUCAUUCCCUUUCAAAUAUCUACGUGGAAGGAGAAGAAAAGUUCGCAACCAGUAAUUCUUCAUACCUUUAUUGCCCACCUGGAUAUUUGCCAUGUGACCAAGGAGUCUGCAUUUCAUCAGACAAGUUUUGUGAUUUCACACCUGAUUGCUCAGAUGGGAGCGAUGAAGCCAUGUGCCCUGCCAAAUGUGACUUUGAAACAGACAACUGUGGCUGGCUGGAAACAGUCAAUGCUGAUGGAUUUACCUGGGUACGAAGCUCCAGAAGUGGCCUUCCCCUUCCUUUCCAGAAACAAACUCCACCAGGGGAUCAUACCUACAAUCAUUCUGAAGGUCAUUUUAUGUUCAUUCUGAGAAACAGCAGCAGUAUCUCACAAAUUGCACAGCUACAAAGCCCCAAAUUCAGCCAGGCUGGAUCAGGAUGCACCAUGACAUUCUGGUACUACAGCUAUGGCCAGUCAGUUGGGGCAGCAGAAAUGCAAUUGCUUGUUGAUGGACUCAAAGAUCCAACAGUCCUCUGGAGGAUAUACUACAAUCAAGGAAAUCAGUGGCUAAAGGCUUUCAUUCAGCUUGGCCGCCUCCCACGGCCUUUUCAAUUAUCUCUAAAUAAAGUCAGCCUUGGAUUUUAUGAUGGUGUCUCAGCAAUUGAUGACAUCAGAUUUGAGAACUGUACACUGCCACCUCUGGCAUUAAACUGUGAAAGUCCUGAUCAUUUUUGGUGCCAAGACUCUAAAGCUUGUAUAGACUGUUUAUUAGUAUGUGAUCUUGUCGAUGACUGUGGAGAUGGAUCUGAUGAAGACAACUGCAUGGGUGCACUGCAGUGCAACUUUGAGUUUGGACUCUGCAACUGGGAACAAGAUACAGAUGAUGACUUUGACUGGACCAGAAACCAAGGCUCGACUCCCACUCUGAACACAGGACCAAUGAAGGAUCAUACUCUGGGCACAGUCAAAGGGCACUACCUAUACAUAGAGUCUUCAGAGCCACAGAUGUUCCAAAACAGAGCAGCUCUGCUGAGCCCAGUCUUUAAUUCUACUUUUGCAGAAGAUAGCAAAAGCUGCAUUUUUCGCUUCCACUAUCAUAUGUUUGGAAAGCAUAUUUACAGACUGGCAGUUUUCCAGAGAACAGCAAGCAACACAAGGGGACAUCUGCUGUGGCAAGCAUUUGGUAAUCAAGGAAACAGAUGGAUAAGGAAAAUCCUUUACAUUAGGAGUUCAGAGCCAUUUCAGAUUUUGGUGGAAGGUACCGUUGGGGAUGGCUUCACUGGAGACAUUGGAAUUGAUGAUUUGUCUUUUAUGGACUGUAUACUUUACUAUGGAAAUUUGACAGCUGACUCCACAACUCCAUUGGGAACAUCCAUUCCUGUAACACUGCCUAUGAACAACUGUACAGAAGAUAAAUUCAUCUGCAGAGCCACUGGCCAAUGCAUAAAUAUAAUUCAGAGGUGUGAUUUCCGACCUGACUGUUCUGACAAAUCUGAUGAGUCAUCUUGUGCUUCAGAGGUUUGUGACUUUGACAAUCGAAACUUGUGUGAAUGGUAUCAGCCUGCAGCCACAAUGCCAACCAUAUCUGUAGCCCAUAUUGCUAAUAUGUUCCAGUGGGGCCUUGGUAAAGGAGCAACCAUUCACCCAGGAGAAGAGAAUCACAGACCAUCAGUUGAUCAUUCAAAGGCUUCUGAGGAAGGCUGGUAUCUCUACGCUGACAGUUCGAAUGGAGAAUUUAGACAUGCAACUGACCUUAUCACUCCAGUAAUUUCUCUGACUGGGCCCAAGUGCAAGCUGGUGUUUUGGAACUAUAUGAAUGGGGCAACAGUAGGUUCAUUGCAGGUGCUCAGCAAAGUGGGAAAUGUGACUUCUGAACUGUGGGCUCAGGGUGGUCCUCAGGGUCCCCAGUGGAACAGAGCUGAAGUGUUUUUAGGCAUCCGUUCUUAUUUUCAGGUUGUCUUGAGGGCCAGACGAGGCAUCAGUUAUGUGGGAGAUGUGGCAGUGGAUGAUAUUUCUUUUGAGGACUGUUCUCCUGUGCAGAUCCCUGUCAAACAUUGUACUUCUGAAGAAUUUACUUGUGCCAACAAAUACUGUAUCCCAAAGGAUAAUCUUUGUGAUUUUGUGAAUGACUGUGCAGAUGACUCAGAUGAGAGCCAGACCAUUUGCAGAACAUCCAUUGGGCGCUGUGAUUUUGAGUUUGAUCUUUGUGACUGGGAGCAGGAUCAGACUGAUGACUUUGACUGGAAUCUCAGAAUUGGAGGCAUCCCAAGACCAGGCACUCAACCAAUUGCUGAUCAUACUUUGCAAAAAUCAUCUGGCCAUUACAUCUUUAUAAAGAGUUCCUUCCCUCAGUUGCCAGGGCAAGAAGCCAGAAUUUCUAGUAUGGUAAUAAGUAGAAGAAGCAGACAUUGCAAGCUGGUAUUUUAUUACCACAUGUAUGGAGACAAUAUGGGAUCACUAACUGUCUACCAGGUUAUGGCAUCAAAUUCCAAAAAAGUGUUAUUUAAUCUGACUGGGAAUCAAGGAAAUUUCUGGAAUAGAAAAGUUUUACCAUUGGAGGAAGAUGAGGACUUUCGUGUCACCUUUGAAGGUUGUACAGGCAAAGGUCUCAGGGGAGACAUAGCCCUUGAUGACAUCACUUUUACAAAAGAAUGUUUACCAUCAUCCAGCUUCUUUCCAGAUGAACCUACAGCAUUACCUCCAACAGGUUCUUGUUCACAAGGUUUCUUGGAAUGCCUAAAUGGCAACUGUUACAGACCAGAACAAAGCUGCAAUUUUGUGGAUGACUGUGGAGAUAAUACAGAUGAGAGAGAAUGUGGAACUUCUUGCAGUUUUGAAAGAGGAAUAUGUGGUUGGCGGAAUUCUAUAGCUGAUAACUUUGAGUGGGUUAUGGGAACCAGCUCACCUCAAAUCCUUAGACCUCCCAAGGAUCACACACUGGGAAAUGGGAAAGGACACUUCCUCUAUCUUGAAGCCACAUCAGUAGGUGUUAGAGGUGAGAAGGCACAUUUGAAGAGUUCCAAAUGGAAGGAGUCUAGCACCUCCUGUGUAUUGGGUUUUUGGUAUUACACAUCUUCAAAAGCAACAGGACAUAUCCAUCUUCUUAUUAAGGUUGAGCAGGGCCUUGUAAAGAUGUGGAGUGAUUCUGGAAAUUCUGGUGGCCAGUGGAAAAGAGCAGAAAUUAAUCUGGGUAAACUGAGGAAUUUUGAAGUUAUAUUUGAAGGAAUUCGAGCGAAAGAUCUUGGAGGAGGAGCAGCAAUAGAUGACAUUGAAUACAAGAACUGCAGCCCAAUUGGAGAGGAUCCUGGGGUGUGCCUUACUAUUACCGAUUUUGUGUGCUGGAACAAGAAUUGCAUUGAGUCCCACCUUGUUUGUGACUACAAGGCUGACUGUAGCGACCAGUCAGACGAGGCUGACUGCAGUCUAUACACCUCUAUUCCAGGGAGCUGUAACUUUGAAAUGCAAGGCCAAGACUGGAUAACUGUGUGUGGAUAUACGCAAGAUUCUGGUGAUGAAUUUGAUUGGCAUGUUAGCAAUAGGGCUGUCAUACAAGGAGAAGGCCCCAGUAAAGGUCACACACCAGGAAAUGGACAUCAUUUUCUAUAUGUCAAUUCGUCCUCUCAACAAGAAGGAGACAGAGCAAGAAUAGUUACCACUACGUAUUUUCCAGCCAGCCUGGGUAUAUGCAGACUCCGCUUCUGGUUCUGGCCAUGCAAUUCACCUCAAAUUGGAGUGUUAAAGAUAUACACUGUUGAAGAAUUUGGAAUGGAUAUUUUGAUGUGGUCAGCAACUGAAAAUAAAAGAAAUGCAUGGACAUAUGCCAGUGUGGUCCUUUCCAGCAACAGUCCUUUCAGAGUGGCCUUUGAAGCUGAAGUGGGAGCAAAGGAGCUCCUAGAAUUUGCCCUCGAUGAUAUUUCUUUCACCCCAGAAUGUGUAUUAGGAGGAUCAGUUGCACCACAGCCUCCGACCUGCCCCACUGACCAAUUCACUUGUAUAUAUGUGAAGCAGUGCGUGCCUCUUUCUCUGAAAUGUGACCAAGUGGAGGACUGUACAGAUGGAUCCGAUGAAAUGGCCUGCCCAACUGAGCAACCAACCACAGAACCUCUGAGGCUUUGCAAGGAUACUGAGUUCCAGUGUGGUAACCAGCUGUGUAUUCCAUCACUCUUGAGAUGUGAUGGGGUUACGGACUGUAAAUUCAAUGAAGAUGAAGCUGAUUGCCCCAUUAAAGAUUGUUUCAAUGGGUCUUUGUUGUGUCCAUCCACUAACAGCUGUAUUCCAGUUUCCAAACGUUGUGAUGGUAUUGUAGACUGCAUUGAUUUCUUCCUUGAUGAAUCUAGCUGUUCAGCCUGUCCAGAGUCAUAUUGCAAAAAUAGAGGAAUUUGCAACAAAGAAAUUGUUCCCCUCUGCAGAUGCGAGAAAGAAUGGCAAGGAAACCGUUGCCACAUAAAAGUUAGGCCUCCUUUGACUCCGUCAUCUGAUUUCUUAAAAAAUGAUAUUUGGACUGGGCUGAGUGUUGGAUUAGCUUUGCUGUUGAUUGAAAUUGUGGUUGCUGUUUCGUGCAUCCUUUCAAAGAGGAAAUUGCCAAGAAUGAAACCUGAGGAGCUCUUGAACACUUCCUUUGCCAACCCAUUGUAUGAGGCUCACAGUGUUAAGUCUACAGAGUAUGCUGGCUCACUGGGAGUUCAAAUCAGUGUUUCUCCAUGGCAGGCACAGCAGGGGCUUUUUCACAGUAAUGACGUAACGACUGCUUCCUUUGCCAAUCCUCUGUAUGGCACAUCUACCGAAAAAUGGGGAGAUGCUGUGAAAUGUCAAUGAAUAUGGACACAAAUAGGACAGAUACUUCAUGAAACUUCAUCUGACAAGAUAUCUCUUUUUUUGUUGUUGUUUCAGAUGAUAAAAUAGCAUUGCAUUAGUAAAAUGAAUGAAAAUGUAAUGAUUGCCAUAUUAGAAUAAUUAUGUUCUCCAAAUAACGCUUCAUUCAAAAUAGCAUCCACCCACAAGGGAAAAUGUACUUACAUGAUAUUUAUGUUGGCAGGCAACAGUCUUGGGUAAAUUUACUUUUAAAUUCACAGCAUGUUUGAAGAGUUCAAAUUCCAGUGUGUUAAUAA